UCAUGUUAUCAAACCUGACAUAAGAUGACACUUUCACUUAUUAAUAGUGUUUUGUUUAUACAAGAGAAUAUUCAUGAACUGAAACUUUCUAAAUAAAGUGAAAGACAGUUUUGAUUUGAAAAAUACUGUUUUUUAUUAGAGAAAUGUUAGAUGCUGGUAGAAAUCUAAUAUGGCUGAUAGACUGGAUGUUGCUGGCACAAAGUAACUAUAACUAAAAAUGUACCAAUCACAGGAUUGAAGACAAAAACCAUGAGCAGAUUUUUCUUCUCUGAAGUAGAGAUUAGUAUUGGGUAUGUUAAUUUACAUUUUCAAAACAUGGAUGUUCUAUUUUUAAAUCCUAUUAAAAAAAUGUAAACUAGCUCGAGGGGAGACAUCAGUCCAGACUAAAUUUUUUUCACCUUUUGGAUGCUAGUGUGCCACAGGAUUUUUUUCAUGGAAAAAGUGUACCUUGGCUCCAAAAAAGGUUGAGAAACACUGCUCUAGCCAUCCCAGAACUUCCUGUAUCUUCACUACUGAGUGAAUCAUCUCAACUAGCAUGAGAAUGGCAAACCCAACAUUAGAAAACACGCACUGUAGUUUUGAGAUAAAAACAUGGAAAAACAAACAAAAAACAAUGCUUUGACUAGCAAAUUAGUUGUUGACCAUUUUAAUACUCGACGUAGUCGCAUCUAAACAACUAAGUAGGGCAGCCCUAGCUGAGACUUGCAUCCAAGGCUUUGAUUUUCUCAGCUGAUGGGGUGAUGUUUGGAGCCUCUUCUACAAUCUGCUAUCCUUGACACUGACAGGCAGCUGUUCCAGGGUGCAGACCUGACAACUCAGUCACAACAGCUGUGACAGCCCACAGGUCUUUGUUGGCGUCAGUCUGCAAGUGUAAUACUUGAUUUAUGGCAAAGAUUUCCAUGUGAAGCUGCUCCAUUCUGCAGAGCAGACUGUAGACGUCUAUGUUAGUGAAAGUCACUAGAGGCAGUUUGAAAAGAUGAUGAGUCACAUAUCUAGGAAUGUUUUCCACACUCUCAUUCAGUACAAUAAGAAAUGUAUUAAAAUUUGAAUAUUUGUAAAGUCCUUUGUGGGAGAUAUUACAUUGUGUGGUGGCACCGUGUCAAAUAGCGUCUUGUUUGACAUCUCAAUCCAAUCAGAGUCAAAAUUGUUGUUUGCCAACAAUAAAAUGUAAUUUUGGCUUAGCAUUUUCAAUUUUAUAGAGAGGAAGUGUGCAGAUUAAUCCUCUACUAUAAUUUUAGCUUCAGUAGUUCUAUAAAUAUCUAGUUUCUUUUGAGCUCUCAAAUGGCGGAGCUCCAGAUGCGCGUUCUUAUGUCACAUCAGCAUCAUCAGCUAUGAUUAAUCAACUGAUCCUACUUCAGCCUGUGUGCUUUUUUAAAGUUGUAUCUGUGAUAAUUUAAAAGCUUUGCAUUAGAUUAGAGUACAAAUGUCACAUCAAAAUGGUCGUUGUUAGCCAUCUUUGAAAUAUUUACAUCUUACUUUUGAGUUGAAUGUGGCCAGAAAAGUGAUUAAAGUGAACAUGGAAGAAAAGAAACAAAAACGUAUUACAAAGACAAAUAUCAGUUUUUCUCCCAACAUAAUAAAAUAAAGGCUUAGUAAUAUCUCCUUCAAAACUAUGGAAUUCUGGAUACUCACAAUAAUGUUUCUACAUGAUGUAGGCAUAGUUUGACACAUACACACAGUUUUCUUUUUGGAGGGGGUGCCGGAGCCUAUCCCGGCUACUGAUGGGCGAAGGCGAGGUUCACCCUGGACAGGUCGCCAGUCUGCCGCAGGGCCAUGUGUAUAACUGUGUUUUUAAAUUAUUCAAAUACAAAUGUAUGUAUAAAUAAAUACAUGUAUACAGAACAAAAAUUUUCAAAACAGCAGGUAACACUUUAAUAUUUACAUUGAGCGAAACAGUAAAGGGUGCUAGGAUGUAGUGGAAGUUCUCAAAAGCUUCAGUUGGAAAGCUUUUGUGGAGACUACCCCCUGAUCAGCAAAAGACCAGAUAUUAACCCUUUAACUACACACACACAAAAAAAACAGAAAAACAACAAAAGGUAUUUUCUGAUGCUCAUUCCCUUGAUAUGGAGGCCCAAAAGAGUCAUCGUAGAGAGAAAAAAAAAUGGAAGUAAAAAAAAUAAAAAGUCUUUUUCUAAGAAUUCAUAGGGUCUGUGUAAAACAUUGAAGAAAAGGAAAGGCUGGUUAGGAACUAGUGUACAUCAGUUACUGUCUGAUGUGCAUCCGUUACUAUCCAGAAUGUUUAAUUCUUUUAUCAUUUCAAUUAAAAAAAAAAAAUUCUUGAUAACAGAUGUGCACCAGAAAGUAACUGAAAACCUUAAAAAACAAAAAUAGAAGUACAGAAUUGAAGAAUAUUUGUUUUACUUCCAUUUUUAGGAAAAAAUAAUCUUCUGGUUAGUAGCUGUGCACAUCAGAUAGUAACUACUAAAUAAUGUUUCUCAACAAAUUUAAGUAAAAAAGAAAAAAUAACUCAAUACACCAGUAACUAUCUGUUGCAGUAACUAGAUUUUUUUUUGUAGUUAAGGUUUUUUUUUUCUUUGUCACUUCAGGGGCGCCGUACCUUGGGGAGCAAUACACACAAAACAUAUUUUUAAAGAAAUGUGUUCUAAAUGUUCCCAGCUAUUUGAUUGAGCAGGCAAUUAAAGGGUUAUGGAAAAUAGAUGAAACAAUCAAUUGACAUAGGACUGAAAACAAACAUUUUAAUAAAUAUGUGAUUCUAAUGUUGCUAAGAGUCUAAUUUUAUUUUAAUUUUUGUAGAUAUGAGUUUGUAGUAUAAAAUGUAAAGUGAAUAUGAACUAAACUACAGUAUAACAGCACUAAACACUUAAGAUGUAUGUGUGUCAGGAAGUGUUGGACUUAAAAUAUAGGAGACUGGGUUUUAGUGACAGACACUGAAUAUUUAAUAAAUUCACCAAAACAUGACAAAAACCACGGAGAAACAAAAUAAUGAAAGAACAGAAGGGACAAAGAUACAACGAAAACCAAACACUUAAAUAGAGUGAGGGUGAUUAACUGAACUAAAGACAGCUGUGGAUCAUGACAAGCCUGAAACUGGUGUGGCUGAAUGACAAUUCAAAGCAGAACAUGACCAAAAGCUAUAAUAUAAUUGUUAUUUCUAUCAAAAUUUGUCUCAUCAGCAAAGACUAGGGGAAUACUGGUACUGGAAAAAAUACCAAUGUUGUUUUAGUUAUGAAAAAGAAACUUUCGCAAAAUAGGGUUUUGAUAACGCCAUCGAGUGGGACGAUGAUCUCCUCCAUUUUAGCCUGCAUCUUCGUCGUCAACAAGAAGGAGGAACUUAUUUCAGCACCUCAUUCGUCCAUUGGUUUGAACGUCAAGGUGAGGAGAGAGGCACACCUCCCAGCCAAUCACGCUGAGUCAACAUCGUGCAUAUUCAACAGGCAGAGAACGAGGUUAUAAGUCCGGGUCUUCGUAGGCGGAGUCCACAUUGCUUCACGUCUUCGACGAGAGCGGUGUAUUUUCGUGCUCCUCAGACCCAAGGCUUCUUUCGGCUGCAGCUCAUCGAGUUCGGACUUUGGACUUUGGACGGUUAUUGCUUCAGAACCGGUGGCUUGUCCCGUGUGUGGCCUUGAUCUGCCUGACGGUACCUUUGUGGUGUCCAACAUCCCAGUGACCCUGUUCACAAAUACGCAGGUCAAGUUUAUUGUUCAUAUAUAUACGUGUGGUCUUUGAGUGUGUCUUGCACAACAUAUUGACGCAUCCUUUCUCAUCAAGUGCUACAACUAAUUCUACAUUCCUUGGCAGAUACAGAGGAGAAUUACAUAAAAGGCAUACAAACCAGGAUCCUUUGACACCUCCUCCCCUGAAGGCAAAUCCAAAUCAGUCGUCUCUACCACAACAUAGCUAAGUAUAACAGUUACCAUGCCUCGCAAAGGUAAGCGUUCUCAGGCAGCAAAAACAAGAUGGCUUAAAGUUUCCUUACCAGACUGUGAAAACGAUGGCCAUGGUGGUGUGAAAAACUCAGAAAGUAACAUAAAUAACUG